AUGGCUAGACUCCCUGUAGGGGGGAAACAAGAGAAGGGUAUCGGCGGGCAGGUGCAGGCAAAGCCCAGGAAAAAUGGGAAGGACAACCCAACCCGAGGAACGGCAGGAGGGAAAAAGGGGGUCAUAGAAGAGAGGAACCCCCCCCUUGGGCCGAGAAAGAAGAAAGCGACCAAGGAAACUGGGCCACCAACAUCAGUGGCAGGGCCGAGCAAGCAACCACAGCGGCAAAGGAAGAAGGAGAACAGCCGGAAGAGAGAGAACAGUCUCCCGAGAAAGGCGCAGCCAGCGAAAGCCGGGGAAGAGCCCAAAAAGAUGAGAGAGGCUCCCCAGGCCACGAGAUCCACCUAUGCCGAAAAGGCCAAAACACCGGCCAAGAACAGGCAGAAGGGAGAGGAGGCGAAACCGGUCCCGGAAAAGGGAGAGGCCAAGGGUGAAGAGGAGGAGAAGAAGAGAGCCAGGAAACCAAGGCGCAGAGCGCCAAGGACGGAGGCGGUUGCGAUAAAAUUCCCUGCGGGAGAACUAGCGCAGGGAAGGCGCGAAAUACGAGCCAAGGUCGACCUGGACGCUCUGGGAAUUGGCCCGUUGAGGCAAAGGAAAGCCGCAACGGGGGCCUUGAUUCUAGAGGUCCAGGGGGCCGAGGGCUCGCAAAAAGCAGACAAGCUGGCGGAGGAAAUCCGCCAGGUUGUGAAGAACAAGGAGGGGGUGCGAGUGUCGAGGCCCACCAAGCUCGGGGAACUCCGAGUCAAAGACCUCAACGACUCGGUGUCGCAGAUGGAAGUGCAGGAGGCGGUAGCCCGUGCCGGGAAAUGUGACACCGGGGAUAUCAGAGUCGGCCACCUGAGGAAGACAUACAGCGGUAUGGCGACUGCAUGGGUGCAGGGACCGCUAACCGUGAUCCAGAGGGUGGCCGACCUAGGUAGGAUACGAGUGGGAUGGGCGUCGACGAGAGUCGAGCUCCUAGAAGCCCGUCCCCUUAUCUGCUUCAGGUGCCUGGAGAGGGGGCCCGUGCGGCAAAACUGCAGGAACCCCGUGGAUCGCAGCGGGGCCCAGGACUUGUUCCUGCACAGCCUGGCGGAGCGAAACUGCGGGCUGGGACUGGCCUCCGAGCCAAAUAGAAUUCCGAGCCACCCUUGCUGGGCGGGUAGGCGGGACGGCUCGGUGGCCAUCACCUGGAGAAGGACCGGACAAAACCACACAUCGGCCAAUAAAAUAGGAGAAGGAGAGGGCUGGGUGGCGGUGAGGUGGGGCCCCCUGAUAGUACUGGGGGUUUACCUCCGCCCCAGCCUCUCCCGUAUGGAAUUCGGAGACACGCUCCGAAUCAUGGAGGAGCUGAUCGAGGAUUGGCUACCCGCCCCUGUUCUUAUAGCCGGGGACUUCAAUGCCAAGUCGGCAGUAUGGAGUUCCCGGCGUUCGGACGCCAGGGGCGGGGACAUAGUUGAAUGGGCGGCAAGACUGGGGCUGCAUCUUGAAAACAGAGGCAGCACCAGCACGUGUGUGAGGCCGCAGGGAGAGUCCAUCAUCGAUCUAACGUGGACCUCCCCUGCGGCCUCGAGAUGGAUAACCUCGUGGCGGGUGGUGGAGGAGUUGGAUAUACUCUCCGACCACCUGCCCAUAGAGGUUGAGUUGAGAUGCGGCGCACCUCAGACGGAGGCGAAAGAGGACCCACGGAGGGUCGGCGAUGAAGAAGAUGGACCCUGA